AUGGCUGCACUAUGGAGCUCAGAGCAAUUUGUGGAAGAAUACAAAGAUCUACAGGCCAGUGCUAUGGGUGUAGAUUGUGUCGGACAAUGGGUUUUAUUAGCAGGACGAAAAGCUUUAGCUCUAGUAAAUUUGAACAAUACCCAGAAAGUGGUUAAAGUAGCCAGAAAAAGUAAAUGGGAAAUAAGCUGUGUACAGUGGAAUCCUCAUGCUUCACAUGCUUCAAACUUUGUAACUGCAUCCAAUCAGAGAUUAGAUAUAUUAACUUGGAAUGGUAGCAAAGCAGAUCAUAUAUGUAAUCUAAAAGCUCACUCUAGAACUGUCAGCGAUGUUGAUUGGUCUCCUUUUGAUGUGAAUAUUGUAGCAUCCUGUUCAGUUGAUACUUUCUCUUAUUUAUGGGAUAUUAGAGAGCCCAAGAAACCUAUAGCAUCAUUUCAAACAGUUGCUGGAGCAUAUCAAGUGAAAUGGAAUAAAGUUGUCAAUAAUCAGUUUGCUACCACACAUGAAGGUGAUUUAAGGAUAUGGGACCCAAGAAAAGGAAAUAUGCCAUUGACUUAUAUAGCAGCUCAUCUAUCUAAAAUACAUGGGUUAGAUUGGAGUCCCUUUAGUCAAGAUCAUUUAGUCACAGCUAGUCAAGAUUGUAGCGUCAGAUUUUGGAAUUGGAAGAAUUCUCAGAGAUCAGAAGGUAUGAUAAGUUUAAAAGAUGUACCAGUGUGGAGAGCCAGAUAUACACCAUUUGGUACUGGAUUAGUAACUGGUGUAGUCCCACAGUUAAGACGUGGUGAAAAUAGUCUAUAUUUGUGGAAUAUUGAAAAUCAUACUCAACCAGUACAUGCCUUUCUGGGUCAUAAGGAUGUCGUAUUAGAUUUUCAAUGGCGUAAACAACCUGUAGGAGAGGUAGAUCAUCAACUAGUCACAUGGUCUCGGGAUCAGACGUUAAGAAUGUGGAGAAUUGAUCCAGCUUUACAAAAGUUGUGUGGGCAUGAAAUAACAGAACAAGAAACCUCCUUCUCGUCACCAUUACCUAAUCGUUCUGAUAUUACUAGUAGUAUUAAUGGUACCAGCUUAGAGGAAACAAUGUCUAAAUCAUCAUCAACAUCUUCAAUUAAUUCUCAACAAAUACAAAGUUUAAUUAAUGAAUUCUCGUUAAUUAAUUCUAUUCCAAAUGUCAAUAUCGAACUGAAAGAUCCUCUGAAGAGAAAAUGUACUGUAAGAGCUUUCAGUGGUAAAAGAACAGUGGUCUUAAACCUAACAUUUCCUGAUAGAUAUCCAUUUGGUGAAGCACCUGAAUUCCAGUUCGGAUCAACAACAUUGGAUCCUGGUAUGGAGAAGAAAUUACUACAGGUUUUAAAAGAAACAUCUUUAAAACAUGUACAGAAUAAUAUGAUAUGUUUAGAACCGUGUCUAAGAAAUCUUAUCCAGUCUCUUGAUUCUCUCACUUAUGAAGAAAGAAGAACACCAGAUUCUGAUGUCCCAUUUGAUUUUACACAACCAUCAGUGAAACCUAAAAUCUAUAAACCAUCACGAUAUGGUCCUACCUAUGGUUUAACUGAUUCUAGUGUACCAUUCCCUAGAACUAGUGGAGCUAGUUUCUGUUCUGCUGGAUUUUUAGUUGUGUAUGGCAGGCCUGCAGACCUUAGAAAAUCAAAUGCUUCUGAAAUGACACCCAAAACAUUAUCAGACAUGGUAGAAUAUAAUCAUCAUAACAGAAUGAAAACACCACAGACUGAACCUUAUGUUCCAAUGUUUUCAUGUAGUCCCCCUCCUACAGCGCCGCUAGAAUAUACCAUUUCUAAUUUCUAUACUUAUAAAGAAAAGAAACAGAGAAUAAGAACAAGAUCACGACAUAAAGAUAUUGGUGAUAGUUCUAGAAAAGAUACAGGAAAAAAGAUUAAAAAUAAACCUAAAGUUGGAGUUGUCAGACUGUAUGAUAUUAGUAGUUUAAUGCCAAUACACAAACAACUAGCAGAAAAAUAUAUAUUGGAUCCUAGUAAUAUAUCUGAGAUGUGUAAAAUUAAUGCUAGUGCAGCUGAUUCUGUUGGUAGAAAAGAUUUGGUUCAGAUCUGGAUGUUGGCAGCUGUUUUACACCCAUCAGCUUGUGAAUGUGAUGAAAAUGAUAUGUUUACUCCUCCUUGGGCAAUGACUGGUAGACCUCAGUUAGAGACAAUACUGCAACAUUAUAGUAACUUACAAGAUAUUCAGACAUUGGCUAUGUUAUGUUGUUUGUUUUGGGUGAAAGAAAAACCAGUAAAACCACACAGAUCAGUGUCAAAAACAUCCAUGGAAUAUGUGCCUGCUAAUAAGCAAGAGUUAACAGCUUUACACACACUAUGGUCUAUCAUUGAAAAUCUUUUAAAUCUUGGUCAUUGGUCCUUCAUUUCUCUUUCAGUUUCGUUUUGUUUAUCUAACAGUUGGUCUGAUUCCUAUGAUGAUUUUCGAAUCAUUGAAGAUGAAAUUGAUGAAAAUAUAGAUCGAGAAAGAUUACAGUAUGAAAUAGACAGCAGGAUGUUAGACCCUACAAAAGCUGGUAUAUAUGAUCAGUAUAAAUUGGCAUAUGCUAAAAUAUUAUAUCAGUGGGGAUUAAUUAACCAAUCAGCAUUAAUUAUGAAGUAUAUAUCAUUUCCUGCACCACCAGAAAGAAAUUAUGAAUUUGUUGUAAGUUGUCAUCAAUGUAAUCAAACUACAGAUAGUCCCCAAUGUGCUUACAACCAUAUAGCUUUAAAAUGUUCUAUUUGUAGAACUGGUGUUAAAGGUGCUGCUAAUUUCUGUUUGACAUGUGGACAUGGAGGUCAUUCACAACAUAUUUUAGAUUGGUUUGAAGAGGAAGAUUUAUGUCCUACAGGUUGUGGAUGUAGCUGUUUAAUAAACAAUCCUGUUAUAGAUGGCUGGUGAUCCAGAUUCCUUUGGUGAUAGGCACAAAAUCAUUAUGAACAGCUGUUAAAAGUCUCAGACCAAGAAAAUAGAAGAUAAUUGAGUGGACUGUGAUAUAAACUUUGUAUUUUUGUUAUGAUAUAACUAUACUGAUAAAUCAUACCAAGAUAUUAUGCUUAAUUGAGUAUGUUUCAAAUCAUGGAGGUCGCUUCAAUUGCUAUUUAUUCUCCCAAAAAUCCCAAAAUUCAUACUAGUGAAAAAAUUAUUUUCUGCUGCCAAAUCAAAACAUGUAAUUGUUAUAUUAAUAUAUUGUUGAAUGCAUU